AUGAUAAGAGGAAUAACUGUACUGAGGGCGAAUGUUGCUCCUGCUGUGUGCGACCCCGUCCAAUGGUCUGCUAAUCUGCAAUUGGCAAUUAACAAUUCCCAAUCGUUAACGAUCUUGGAACCGAUUUUACCAUCUAUUCAUCAGAGUAUAAUCCCUAACCCUAAAACACCAUUUUCUGUUUUGGAUUCAAAAUCUUUGUUCGAUGUCAAAAACGUCAUUCAUGCUGAAGUGAUUUCUAGCUGGGAAUUAAGAAAAUUCUUGAACAUUGAAGUCACUACUUAUGACGAGCCGCUACACUUUGGUAAAUUUGCAGAUCCAUUAAUUGUGAGCCAUAAGUGGACUACACCACUGCCAUACACUAAAAAUGCAAAUAUUACCAUAUUAUUGAACACAUCUGAGUUGCUUGUAUUGGAAAGGGCAACUGUUAAGUCCGACUAUUAUACAAUAAAGCACAACUUCUUUGAGAUACUCCUUCAGAACCUAAGGCUCACCUCAGACCAUUUCACAGAUAAGGGAGAAAUUAAAAUUACUAAAUCUCAGUUGUUAUCGUUGAAAGUGACCCUGUUUGAAUAUGACGAAAGUGGAUACUUGAGUUUGGCUUUGGCUAAUAAUACCAUAUCUAUCUUUGACACGGAAUUAAGGAACGUAGUAUCAACUCCCAUCUUCGAAGAAGAAGAGCUAGGUAUCGACGAAGAGUGCAUUGUAAAAUUAUCGUGGUCAUCAUGGCAAGGUAACACAUCACGUAUAAGUGUUACCACUUCGUCUAAUUCGAUAAUAUUGAUCACAGUACAGAGAAAAAGUGGAGCUUUGAGUGUCACCAGCAGGAACCAAAUUAGACGAAAGUCCAGGUUUCUAGUUUCUAGAACCCAGUGGACAGAUGAUGGUAAUUAUCUCUUUAUUGGAGACACAACAAAUUUCCAAGUAUAUGUCACUAGGACGAACUCCCUUGUUGCAUACAAUCAUCUGCUUACCAGCAAAAAUCAAUUUAUGACUGGUAUUAUUGUACUGGUGGGUUCAAACUCUACUUUGGCAAUAAAUUUGUCGUUUGAAAACGGGAAAUUCGAACAGGUCCUCUUCGACACAGUUGAUGAGUCCAUCAAAAAGCAAAUUAAUAGCAAAACUUCUCCAUUGGAAAAGCUUGUGAAGCAGCAAUUGUAUAAAUACCAGUUGUCUAAUUCUGCCAGUAUUAGCGAGAGCAAGAAUAAUUACAAUUAUCUUAAUGAAAUAGUUGAAGGAAAUUACAUUAACUAUGGUACCAAACUGAAUGGCCAAGUCAUAGCUUUAGUAAGUCGAAUAGUUCCCAAGAAUGUGAUAAACUACACCAUUCUAUCAAAGGUUGACUAUCAAAUUGAUUUUAUUCCAGUAUCCAAUUUCAAUGACACCACUGUUGCAUCGCCGUUUGAUUUCUCAUUUUCAAACUUCAAUUCAUAUACUUCAGUACUAAGUUGGGUAAACCUGUUUUUGUUCAACAACUUUGAUAGAAUACCGCAAGUGAAACAGAUUGAUGUACUGAACGUUCUAAAAUUCAAUGAGGAAAUUGUACAGUUAUUGGAGCAGUUUGAUUUUAAGACUGAUUUUAGUUUGAAGCCAAUAUCAAAAACUUCUGACCUUGAAAGCUUGGUAUGGGACAACUUUAUAAACGAUCAAAAUAUUUUUAGGCUACAACUCAAAUAUAACCUCUUGACGAUCUUUUUAAAAUCAUUGAAAGUUUUACAUUCCAAGUUUAACAAUGAAAGCUUGGAUGUGCAAAUUCAAACCUUUGAAGAAGACAUCAGAGGUAUAAUAGAUAUUAUAUUCAAUAGGUUAGGAGAUAUCUUGCAUGCUAUAUCGAUAGGAGAUAAUGAUGAUCCUUAUAAUAGCUUUCUUAAACAAAGCUAUGAAGGUCUUACUAAUACGAAGGUUCAAAUGGAAGUGGAUGAUUCUGCCACAAUUUCAAUCAAAACUCAGUUUCUUACUGAAUCAUUUCAAGCUGGAGGAAACUCAAGAGAAGAGAUAACAUCCUUGACAAACCACAAAUGGAAAAGAUGUAACUUGACAUUAUUCCCAAUGUUGCAAUUGAACCACAAGACUAGUGAACUAGGAGGUUUUGACUACAUAAUUGAUCUGUUCGGUGAUGAGAGCUGGUUGUUGAAAGAUAUUUUAAAAUACUUUGAUUUCUGUAUCUAUACUGGUAACAGAACCUUUAAAAAGAAGUAG